AUGAAUGAGGCGAAGAAUUGGUCUUUUUCAGGAGCGUAUCAACAUUUCCUCCCAUCAGUAAUGCAGCACUGAUGUAAACAAACUGAUUUGGAGUGCGUUUUUUUUAAAAUAAAGUGUGGGUUGCGAUUCCUGCCAAGACAAAAGGAUAUUCCGUACUCGUGUAGUUAGAAUAUUAUAAAUUGUUCCACAAUCUGCUCCUCUGAGUGUCACGUUCCAACACGAUCGCCUAGAUCACGAUCCAGCACGAUCAUAAUCAACCGGGCCGGAGGAAGCGUUCACUUUGCAAACACAGCUCACAACCAUCUCACCAUCACCGACUUCCUGAGUAGUGCGCCUGGUGCUCGCAAUAACACACGCAAUAGCCAGCGCAAUACAAUUGAUCGCGGUGGGAAGGGGUGUUGAGAGAUUUCAGACACCACCUCUAGUGCUGGUUGACCCGUAGUUGAUUAAAAAUAAAACAAAACCCACCUGCCCCCACAACGCUCUCCGCCACCCGUUCUCGACGCCUCGCUUCCGUCCGAGUGUAUUAAACAAGCUACCCUUACCUUCCCUAACGUUUCGCUCUCUAAACAUCGCUCGCAAUCACACGCACACAGCCGCGAAACGCAAACAAAUUGCGCGGUCUCGGUUGUGCGAGAUAGAGAAUCGCGCGAGUUUUUCGCGACCCCGGUGAGGGCGGACAGCAGUACGCUUAGAAGCUUGCUGACGCGAGCUUGAGUUAGUAUUACUUGUGGAUUUCGUGCAGCAAGCAAGCCUCGCCAAGUUCCUCAUCAUGUUAUUCAUGUGCCACCAGAUGGCGCUGGAGCAAGAGUCCAAGGCAAAGGAGAAGGCAAACACGUCCGCUCCAUCAUCCGGCGGCAGCUCACCGGCGGUGCAGGUACCGAACGCUGGUGGCAGCUCGGUUGGCCACAUGCGCGACGCCAACGUUCCGAUUAUCUGGGUUCUGGGUGGACCGGGCUGUGGUAAGGGUACCCAGUGUGCGAAGAUCGUCGCGAAGUACAACUUCUCGCACUUCAGCACGGGUGAUCUGUUGCGCGACGAGGUCGCGUCCGGUUCGGAGAAGGGCAAGGAGCUGCAGGACAUGAUGAAGCAGGGUAUUCUGGUGCCAAACGAGACCGUGCUGAAGCUGCUGGAGGCGGCCAUGGUGAAGGCGUUGAACGGUACCGUUGGAUACCUGAUUGAUGGCUAUCCACGCGAACCUGCCCAGGGACCUGAGUUCGAGAAGUUUAUCGCACCGGUAGACAUCAUCCUGUACUUCGAGUGCUCGAACGAAACGUUGGUGGCACGUAUCAUGAAGCGCGCAGCCGAAUCGGCCACGGUUCGUGCGGAUGAUAACGAGGAAACGCUGAAGACUCGCAUCGCCACCUUCCGGGAGAACACGGAGAAGAUUCUGACCCAGUAUCCAACGCAGCUGAGGAGGAUCAACGCCGAACGCGCUCCGGAAGACAUCUUUGCCGAUGUGGAGAAAGCCAUCGAUGAGCUGCUGGCGGCCAAGGGCAAGAAGUAAAGCAGCCAAGGGCAAGGUUUCGUGCGGCUUUAUCAGCGCAUUGCAAUCCAGCAUCCAUGCACAAUCAUUCACGUCUGUUCACGUGCGACACCUCAGACGAUGGGCGCACUUUUUCGUUGCGGCCUAUCACGCACCAUGGUGUGCCGCACAAUACACAAUGCCAAAUGGCCGUAUCUCGCAACCGUAUCAGCGGUAGCAUACGAGGGCGAGAUAGAGCCUCUAAGCGGCAGAAAACAAAAUACGCUUAUCAAUUUCAAUAAUAGCUUGUAAGACGCGUAGACAAAAUGUAGCGCGGAUGUGUUGGACACAAUGUUUUUCCUGCGUUUUAUUAGUGUAGCACAAGCAAUCGUAUCGAUGUUGGUCGUUUUUUAACCGUCGUUUUUGAAACCCAGUUAGCCACAGCAACGCUCCGUAGCCUAGCUCAAGCCAAAGAAUGCAUGUUUGACCGUGUUCGUUGAUUUGUGUCGUGUUGCGCUUCCGAGCGCCCGGGGAACAAAUGUUCGAAUAAAUAAGAUUCUAUAAACAGA